AUGGUGCACGUUUCCGGAACCAACAUCAAGGUUGUCAAGAAGAAGCUCACCAAGUUCAAGAGACAUGAGUCCGACAGAUACCGUCGCGUAGCCCCAAGCUGGCGCAAGCCAAAGGGAAUUGACAACCGUGUCCGCAGACGCUUCCGUGGUAUGCGCGCUAUGCCAACCAUCGGAUUCGGAUCUGACAGAAGAACCCGCUUCGUGCUUCCAAACGGAUACAAGAAGGUUGUUGUCCAAAACGUCAAGGACUUGGACAUGCUCCUCAUGCAAUCCUACAAGUACAUCGGAGAGAUCGCACACAAAGUCUCCGCCAAGAGCCGCAAAGGAAUCGUCGAGCGCGCAGCCCAACUUAACAUCAAGUUGACGAACGGAAACGCUCGUCUCCGUACUGAAGAGUCCGAGUAA